AUGAAUGUACUAUUGCUACGAUCCCCGACAUCGGAUGUACCUGAUAGAUACGAGGCCGCCUUUCGUACGCACGGAUACUCCCCUAUCUCAGCGCCAAUCUUGGAAACGACGCUCGUCCAUCUUGAGCAGCUGGCAAGCAAGAUAGACGACGGACCAAGCGUGCAUCGGUUUACCGGUGUCGUUGUAACAAGCAAGAGGUCGAUCGAGGCAUGGAAUCGAGCUGUGGACUGUAUUGUAACCCGAUCACGAGAGAACGACGUCGUGCGGGAGGUGGGGAGUGGCGGCGAGGAUGAGACCAGCUGGGCACCCAUCCCGUUUUACAUUCUUGGAGAUGUCACUGCAGGCGCAGCGCGUGAGUUGGGGAAAAGGUUGCCAUGCGGAUUGGGUCCGAUGGAUGUGCGAGGUGGGUCAGGUGCUGGUUCGGCCGAGCAGCUUGCGAGGGUCAUCUUGGAAGAUGGAGACGUGUCCGGGUCGAAGAAAAUGUUGUAUUUGACGGGAGAUAAGAAUCGGGAUACGAUGUCGAAGAUGUUGGACACAGGGAGGAUAUAUGAGACGUGUGGCUCGUCGACGUUUGCGCAUGACCUGGAAGAUGCAUUAAGGAAAAUAAUGAGGAGAAGGGCGUGGGGAUGGAUUGUGUUCUUUGCUCCCUCUGCAGCUCGACAUGUUUAUCCAGCACUGUGUGAUCGUUUUUUCUUUCGUCGUCUGAACGACACAGAUGGUACUGAAAUUGCCAAGGUCGCCGCAAUAGGCCCAACUACGGCAUCCUUUCUUCGUGAAGAGAUGGGUCUGCGGGUAGACGUCGUCGCGCCCAAACCGACUCCUGCUGAACUUGCCAACACAAUUGCUGCGUUUGAUAGUCCCAUUCCCUCUGUGUAG